AAGUAGGUAGUUUCUAAAGUGAAAUUUUCUUUUCAAAUUUGUAAAAAGUCGUAAUUAAAAUACAUAUUCUCAUUUAAUUAAAGAAACAAAGAUAAUGAGUAAUUUGUAUUUAACACCUGAACAUGUGCUGCAAGGCGGAUACCAUCAUGCUGCCUUGAGAAAGUUACAGGAACCGAACACAAGCAUCGAACCGCACAAUAUUAUGUAUCCUGUGUUUUUAAUAGAAAAAGAUAAUGCUAUCGAACCGGUUCAUAGUAUGCCGAAUGUAAACAGAUAUGGUGUUGACCAACUCAUACCCCUUUUAGCAGAACUUGUGGAGAAAGGACUCAAAUCUAUACUCAUUUUUGGGAUUGUGGAGACACUGCCUAAGGACCCAACAGGUACUAGUGCAGAUUCAGUAGACAAUCCAGUAAUAAAAGCAUUGCCGAAAUUGCGUGCUGCCUUUCCUGAUUUGUUAAUAGCAUGUGAUGUAUGUUUAUGUCCUUACACAUCACACGGACAUUGUGGCUUACUGAAGAGUGGAGGAGGUAUCGACCAUGAAGCAUCGGUAAAGAGGAUAGCUGAAGUCGCAUUGGCUUAUGCAAAAGCUGGUGCUCAUGUGGUGGCUCCUUCAGACAUGAUGGACAAUAGGAUUAAAGCAAUCAAAGAGGAGCUGGUCAGAAAUAAAUUGCAAAACCAAGUGUCGAUACUGUCUUACUCGUGUAAGUUCGCAUCGUCGAUGUACGGACCGUUCCGUGACACUAUGAAGAGCUCACCCAUGGAAGGCGACCGGAAAUGCUAUCAGCUUCCGCCGGGCAGCGCCGCCUUAGCCGCCAGGGCCGCAGCGCGUGACGUUGCUGAAGGCGCCGACUUCCUGAUGGUGAAACCGGGCCUGCCCUACCUGGACAUAGUGCGGCAGACCAAGGACCGCUUCCCGCACCACCCCUUGUUCAUAUACCAGGUAUCCGGAGAGUACGAACUGAUAUCUAGGAGCGGUGAUCGCGCGAGCAUGCAGACCAACCUGAUGGAGAUCCUUACGUGCAUGAGGAGGGCGGUUUUGGUGGUCGCGGCCGUUUGUGCCGACGACAAGAAGGAGAAAGAUAAGGACAUCGGCACAGUAAUCGGUAUCGAUUUGGGUACCACUUACUCAUGUGUCGGUGUCUACAAAAAUGGACGUGUAGAAAUCAUUGCCAAUGACCAGGGAAACCGCAUCACACCUUCAUACGUGGCCUUCACUCAAGAUGGUGAACGUUUAAUUGGUGAUGCUGCCAAAAACCAGCUUACUACCAACCCUGAAAACACUGUCUUUGAUGCCAAGCGUCUGAUUGGUCGUGAAUGGAGUGACCAAACUGUACAACAUGAUGUUAAGUUCUUCCCCUUCAAGGUCGUUGAAAAGAACAGCAAACCUCAUGUUCAAGUACAAACUUCACAAGGCGACAAAGUAUUUGCUCCUGAAGAAAUCUCUGCUAUGGUUCUGACUAAAAUGAAGGAGACUGCUGAGGCUUACCUUGGAAAAAAGGUUACUCAUGCUGUUGUUACUGUGCCUGCUUAUUUCAAUGAUGCUCAACGUCAAGCAACCAAAGAUGCUGGUACAAUUUCUGGUCUUAAUGUAAUGAGAAUCAUUAAUGAGCCUACUGCUGCAGCUAUCGCCUAUGGCCUUGACAAGAAGGAAGGAGAGAAGAAUGUUCUAGUCUUUGAUUUGGGUGGUGGAACCUUUGAUGUCUCUCUGCUAACCAUUGACAAUGGUGUAUUUGAAGUUGUUGCAACUAAUGGGGAUACCCACUUGGGAGGUGAAGACUUUGACCAGAGAGUCAUGGAACACUUCAUCAAGUUGUACAAGAAGAAGAAAGGCAAGGACAUCAGAAAAGACAACCGUGCUGUGCAGAAGCUGCGUCGUGAGGUUGAAAAAGCAAAGAGAGCCCUGUCUUCCAGUCACCAGGUCAAGAUCGAAAUUGAAUCAUUCUUUGAAGGUGAUGACUUCUCUGAAACCCUCACCAGAGCUAAAUUUGAAGAAUUGAACAUGGACCUCUUCAGAUCCACUUUGAAACCUGUGCAGAAAGUAUUAGAAGAUGCUGACAUGAACAAGAAAGAUGUUGAUGAAAUUGUCUUAGUAGGAGGCUCUACCCGUAUCCCUAAGGUUCAACAACUGGUCAAGGAAUUCUUCAAUGGCAAGGAGCCAUCUCGUGGAAUUAACCCUGAUGAGGCUGUCGCAUAUGGUGCUGCUGUGCAAGCUGGUGUACUCAGUGGUGAACAAGAUACUGAUGCUAUUGUCUUGCUUGAUGUCAACCCUCUGACCAUGGGUAUUGAAACUGUCGGUGGAGUGAUGACCAAACUCAUUCCUCGUAACACUGUCAUUCCAACUAAGAAAUCUCAGAUCUUCUCUACUGCCAGUGACAACCAACACACUGUCACUAUCCAAGUGUACGAGGGUGAGCGACCAAUGACCAAGGACAACCAUUUACUUGGUAAAUUUGACUUAACUGGGAUCCCUCCUGCUCCUCGUGGUAUUCCACAAAUUGAAGUCACAUUCGAAAUUGAUGCCAACGGUAUUUUGCAAGUAUCUGCUGAAGAUAAGGGAACAGGAAACAGAGAAAAAAUUGUAAUCACUAAUGACCAGAACCGACUGACACCUGAAGAUAUUGAAAGAAUGAUUAAGGAUGCUGAGAAGUUUGCUGAUGAUGACAAGAAGUUGAAGGAACGAGUGGAGUCGAGAAACGAGCUCGAAAGUUAUGCUUACUCAAUCAAAAACCAACUUCAGGAUAAGGAAAAACUUGGUGCUAAGGUUACUGAUGACGACAAGGCAAAGAUGGAAGAAGCACUAGAUGCAGCUAUUAAGUGGUUAGAAGAUAAUCAAGAUGCAGAGUCUGAAGAAUACAAGAAACAGAAGAAGACGCUUGAAGAUGUAGUGCAGCCCAUCAUCGCCAAACUUUACCAAGGCCAGGGUGGAGUACCGCCCCCGGGGGCGCCGGAAGAUGACGACUUCAAGGACGAGUUGUAAUCAGACUGAAUCGCAGCCAAACGUGAUCUCCGCACAGAUGGCCGCGAUCGUCUUGCGCGGCGAGUGUCCCACGCACGAUGGAUGCAGUGUUGUUAGCUCGAGUGUGUAUAUUUAUUGUAUGAGUGCAGUGAGUGGGCGUGUGCGACGAACCUCACAGAGUCGAGAUCUGAUCGAGUAUCUGCCGUUGCGCACGCACGUGUGAGUGAAACGUGUGCCUGGUUCUGUAAAAAAAAUGUGCAUUUUGUAUUUUUAGUAAAAGCAAUAGUUAAUUGUGUGUUUGUUAACAUGGAGAUUGAUAACAUCAGUCGAUUCAGUCUUCCUGUAUCGAAUCGAUUAUUCUCGCACACUAUGAGACGACCUCAGUGUUCUGUAUGUAUGUAAUUGUUUUAGACUGCAAAUUUGUUAGUUCAUAAUUAGCAGAAUAAUUUAAAUAAUUAUGUGUACCUAGUUAAAUAAUUUCAAAGAAGUACGAAGGAGUACAUAAUAAAACAUUUUUUCUAUUGA